UUCACCUCAUUGCUGUUUUUGUUGAUGAAAACGUCAGAUUAAGAAAACAAUUUUGUCAACACUUUUUCCUUCGUCAAAAGCAGAAGUUAGAGUGUUUGUGUUCAUUCUUCAGUGAGAUAUGGGUUGGAAGCGAACAGGGUUCUGGGCCUUGUGCCUGUCUAUGCUGUCAAGUUUUGCCUUAGCGCAAAUCACACUGGAUAAUUUGAACGACCAAGAAGUCGACAAUGGAGCCACGGUUGUUCUGAAUUGCAUCUUGAGGGGCGCUCGACAAUCGGACAGUCUGAUUCUAUUUUGGUAUCAUGAAACCACUGCAGUUUCUUUCAAUGAUGCUUUAACUGUCGUCAACCCAAGGUACAAGCUGAACACAAGCCCCUUUGGCCAGUGGAAGCUGACCAUUCAGAAUGCCCAAAGGUCUGACCAGGGGAAAUGGAGAUGCCAGUUGCAAAGCCCGCUUGCUGUCAUGGAAGAAAUGAAACUGGUUGUGCGCACACCACCCAGUAUCGAAUACAUCACACCAAAUAUGUCACCGAUGCCCGGUUCAACAGUGAGACUGUCCUGUAAUGCCACAGGGAGCCCCGAGCCGACCAUCCAAUGGCAAAGACUGCAACCAGUCCCAAUCUUCCCGCAGCCCUUAGGUGGGGCGUACUACACUGGCAGGGAGCUUGUCAUUGAUGACAUCACUGGAGAGUGGCGUGGACUAUAUCAAUGCCUUGCCUCAAAUAGCGUCGCACCCCAGGUUACUGAGCAGGUGUUUCUGCAAAUGGAAUAUGCUCCCACUGUUGAGGUAAAAGAUGGUGUUGUGAGUGCUCCUCGUCAGGAAUCUGCGAACCUUGUCUGUAUCUGCAAAGCAUUCCCGGCCGUACGAAAUAUCAACGAUAUAAAUUGGUUUAAAGGAAACGAUCAAGUCGUCGUAAGUGAUGGUUACCAGAUCAGCCUGGACCUGGACCUAGAAAUGGACCCCAACCGAGAGACGACGGUCUCAACAUUGGUGGUUGGCACUGUCAAUGAUGACACCCUUGGGGAGUACACUUGUCGGUUUGAAAACUUGCUUGGAAAUGCUGAAGCUAGAGUUACCUUGGGAGUGAGUGUUAAGAUUGAUCCUGAUACUGGAAAGUCCACAAGCAAGGCUUCGACCAUCAUGGCUGCCAUCGUGAUCAACAUGGUAUUCAUCGCCAUAGCAACAGCUCUGGGACAGUUUUAAGAAGAAAACAAACACGGUAACCAUGUUGCCAUAGCAACAGUUCUGGUGCGCUUUUGUAAUCAAAAUGCACUUUUUUUAUUUGUCUCAGAGCACAUGACCACAAUUAUUCCACUCUUUUAUAACUUUUAUGCAAUAUUAUAAAAAAAAUUGUAAUUGUACAGUGCCUUUGCUAUUUUUAUCAUGGUGUUCGAAAAAGGUACAUUUGAAAUAUUUUACAUAGUGUAUACUCACACAUGUGUGUCAACUCUUUUUUUUUUUUUUAAGCAGUAUCCUUUGACUCAUUACGUGUCAUAUCCAAAAGCUUAAUUCAAGAAUUUUUGAGUUUGACAACAAAAAACCCGGAAAGUAUUCAACCUUUUCAAUGAAUGGGUGUGUUUUACAUUGAAUCACUUGGGUCAUUAAAAUUAUUGGAUGAGCAGUUAAUCUACCUAGGCCAGUCAGCAGCCCUACUGGGUUGUGCAUGAUCCAAUUAAGUCCACUGUUUGGAAAAGAACCUACUUGGAGAUAACAGGUGUGAGUUGCUAGAGGUAAAGGAUGUUUUAUUUUUCUUAAUGGGGCUUUCCCGUAAGCAAAAUUGGGUAAGGACAGCCCGGAAUCAGUCAAAAUAUAGACCUAGGAAUGUCAUUAAAGGCAGUGGACACUAUUGGUAAUUACACAAAAUAAUCAUUAGCAUAAAACCUUACUUGGUGAUGAGC